AUGUCCCCCGCCGCCAACAUCAAGCCUUUCUUGCCCUCAUCUCGGCCUUCGGGUCCUGUCUUCAUUGCUCUGAACGUUCUGCGAGCGCUCAGCAUGAUCGCCCUCAUACUUGUAUUCGCUUCCAACACCGCCACGAUGGUCUCCGAUAUCAAAGCCAUCAAGAAUCCCGCCACUGACGACGACGACUGUGACUACAUCGAGUACUCGAGUGUACCCGACCAGAUCGGAGGGGCUUUCUGGAGUAUCCUCAAUAGGAUCUUCAUCCUGUUCGAGUGUAUCCUUCUUGUCAUGUCCGAGAUCGGUUGGCCUCGUCGCUUGUUCGAGUACUACAUUCCUUCCCUCGGCCCUGCUUAUGGCCUUGGCUGCCUCGGUGUCUUUCAAGCUUUGAUCGGCGCUCAAGUGCUUUCCCACUACUGCGAUCUCUUCCCUCAGGUCUCUAGCUGGAUCCUCUUCAUCGUCGGGUGCCUCAACAUCCUUGCUGGCAUCUUCCUUCGUGAGAAGGCCAAGGAGAAGCGUCUCAUAUUUUCCUGGGAAAACGUCUCCUCCUUGACACCCCAAACUCGUAUGGCCGCCACCGCCUGGGACAUGGUCUCUGAAAAGCGCAAGCCCUCCGCCAAAGACCCAGAAACCAACCUCUCCCGCCACAACACCACCGCCUCCGACACCCCUCUGGUCCCCGACCGAACAACGCCCGGCGCCAAAUUUGGCGGCUUCGGUUUCGGCAAGCAAGGGGAGAAGGCUGCGGCUGAGAGGGGAUGGAAGAUCAGUCGGCCAACAGACGCUUUGCCUCGUUAUGCGAUCUAG